AUGAGCAUUCCAGUGGUAGACUUUAGUGCGGGCAGCCUCGAUGUAGAGAAUAUUUCCAACGCAGACCUCCAUCAACUAAGCAGAGGAUUAAAAAUGGCUUUCACUGAAGUGGGCUUCGUUUUCCUGGAGAAUACUGGCAUCACACAGGCGGAGGUUAAUCGCGUCAUGGAUGUUUCCAGGAGCUUCUUUCUACAGCCAGAUCACCUCAAGCGACCAUUCAGCAGGAAAACUUUCCCAAACAGUCCCAACCACGGCUGGGUAUCGUUAGAAACUGAAAGUUUAAAUCCACAAAAACCAGGAGAUCUGAAAGAGGCAUUUAACCUGUCUUCGCUGCAUCCUGAUAUAAAAUGGCCCUCAUCUGAAGAGGUUGCUGGGUUCCAAGAGAUCCAGACGGCUUUUUUCCACCGCUGCAAGGAGCUGAGCCUUCGGAUUUUGAGGGUGAUGGCCCUUAGUCUGGGUUUGGACCCUGACAUCUUCCUCAACACGCACCGCCUGAUUGGAACUGAUGAGAACGGAACCACCUUGCGUUCGCUUUACUACCCACCGGUGAAAAGCGAGCUGGCCAAGGAGGGUCAGCUGCGAUGCGGGGAACAUUCCGACUAUGGGAGCAUCACCUUGUUGUUCCAAAGUGACGAAGGACUCCAAGUUUGCCGACGUUCGGGCGAGUUCAUCUGCGCACCUCUUGUGCCUGGAGCCGUCCUCGUCAACAUCGCUGACCUAAUGCAGCGUUGGACCUCGGACCACUUUCUCUCUGUGCUCCACAGAGUUUUACUCCCACCGGUCGGAAACUCCAGCACUCGACAGUCCCUGGCCUUCUUUGUCCAGCCCGACGAUGAGGCUGUGGUUUCCUGCAUCGACGGUUCCGACAAGUACCCCCCUGUCCGUGCAGACGUCUACCUUAUCGAGCGUUUCAACCACUCCUAUGGCCGGACGUGA